CCAUUUUUUCUUCGGGGGAACUGUUUUACGUCAUUUGGAUGUCCUUUGGGGGGGAUUUAAUACGGGGCGGGAGUGAGGCCUGCUGCCUAGCCGCCCGCCGCCUCACAGAAGCGGCCGGCCUUUUCCUGUCAGAGGCAGGCUCGGGCCUAGUCGCAUCUCUGCCGGCCCGCCCCUUUCCCUUCGGCCGCGAUCGCGGAGGCCGCCAGAAGAGAGGGCCGCCAUCAUGGAGAAGCAGGGAAGGCCUCCUCGGCCUCCUGCUCCUGCUGCUGCUGCCCCCCCGGCCAUCGGGUUCCCCGAAGACGAGGGAUCGGAGCCCCAAUAUGAUGAAUCCGAUUUGCCUACAGAGUUCCGGAUGCUGAAUGGUUCUAAAAAGGUCUUGAAUUUCACAUCCUCUGUCGCCAACCAGCUCCUGCUAGUCUCUGUUCUGGAACAUCUUUGCCACGUGUAUGCGCGAAACCCUACACAUUCCAGGCGUUUGUUUCAGUGUGAUACUGUGCAAGACAUUUACUGAGAUGGGCUUGCUUUCCCCUUUUGCCUCCUGUGAUGAAUUCAGCAGUUUGAGACUGCAGCACAAUCGGGCCAUUACUCAGUUAAUGAAGGCGGCUAAUCAGCAAAUACACAAUGGGGAGUUCGGCAGUGGCGAUCUCCAAGCAAACAGCAGUGAAAACGAAGCUCUCUUCGAAGCACAAACGUCUCGGUACAUCAAUGAAUUUGAUGAGAUUUCAAAGCUAGGAAAAGGCACAUACGGGACUGUGUAUAAGGUCAGGAACAAGCUGGAUGGUCAGUUCUAUGCAAUUAAAAAAAUCCUUAUUAAGAAGGCAACUAAAACAGAUUGCAUGAAGAUGUUACGAGAAGUUAAGGUCUUAGCUGAGCUGCAGCACCCGAAUAUUGUGGGGUAUCACACUGCUUGGAUGGAACACGUUCAGCCAGGCUGCCGAAAAGUUGAGAGAACCUUGGAGUGGCCAUCCCUGAAAACGAGUUCUGAACCAGGAAGUACCAAAGAUCAUGGCAGCAUUGAAGAGAUGGAGGACAGCAGCUCCAUUGUCUUUGCUGACUCCAGUGAUUCAGCCAGUCGGGGUCACAAAGAAAAUAAAACGAGCACGUGUGAACUCUCUGCUGACUCCUACGACAGCAGCUCUACCAACGAGGCUGCCAGUAGAUCAUUUCGUGUCGACAAUCCUCUGUCUGCUCUCCCUCAAGAUGGAAACCAAGCCAGCAUAAGUCACGAAGAAUUUCCCCAGAAAGACCUGUGUUUGCAAGGGCAGUGCGAGAUGGAGUACCACCUGAUGCUUCACAUACAAAUGCAGCUGUGUGAAACCUCCUUAUGCCACUGGAUUGCUGACCGAAAUAAAAGAUGCCUAAAAACAGAGACUUCUGAUCCAUAUCAUCACGUGGAUGUUAACAGGACAUUAAAAAUCUUCCAAGAGCUGCUAGAAGGAGUGUAUUAUAUCCACAGUAUGGGGAUACUUCACCGGGACAUUAAACCCAGGAAUAUCUUUCUCCACGGACCUGACCACCAUGUGAAAAUAGGAGAUUUUGGGCUGGCCUGUAAAGAUAUUAUCCAGAAAGACUCACACUCCUCUCACAAUGUGAAGCAGAGGGCAGGCCUAAUACAUACGUCUGGAGUGGGGACUUGCUUGUACGCCUCCCCUGAACAACUUCAGGGCUGUCAAUAUGACUUCAAGUCGGACAUGUACAGUGUUGGUGUGAUCCUGUUUGAACUGUUCCAGCCUUUCGGAACACAAAUGGAACGAACAAAAAAUUUGAUGGGUUUGAGGGAUGGCCACCUUCCUCUCCCCUUCAGUGGAAAGUGGCCGAUACAGACCAAAUACAUUAAGCUGCUAACCAGUAAAGUAUCCUCUCAGAGGCCAACUGCAGGUCAACUUCUUGAAAGUGAACUCUUCCACAAUGCAGCAAAUGUUAUCUGUAGUUUACAGCAGAAAGUGGUGCAACAAGAGGAAGAGAUCAAGUUGCUGCGAGAGAAAGUGAAGUUACUUUUACAGGAAAGAGAGGAGAGAGACAGAAUCAAGAACCCCGGCUCGCCUGUCUAGGGUAGCUGUGAAUAAUUUAUAUUUAUACAUUCUAUGAAAUGUCUUUUUUAAUAAAAAACAAUUAAACUA